GAUCAGAAGUGAUCGAAGUAACGCUCUGUGAUGGUAGUUUCCUGGUUGCUCGGCCGCUAAAUUGCAACUGCGUGAAGUUGUCGGAUUGCUUUUAAUCACGUUGUAAUUGUAUGGAGCGGACUCAAGGAUGGCCGAAGUAGAUAUUUUUGACAGCGAUGAGGAGCAUCUACCACAGGAUCUUGGCGAUGAUGUCGUCCAGGAAGUCCUUAAAACUGGUACCGAUUUGCGCCAGUAUUCCAGACAAAUCGAGAAGGAACUCAAAGAGGUUGAAAACAAGUCGAUUCAAGACUAUAUCAAGGAGAGCGAGAAUAUAGCCAAUCUGCAUAAUCAAAUCACUGCUUGCGACAAUAUCUUGGAGAAAAUGGAAUCAAUGUUGAUGAAUUUCCAAUCAGUCCUAGGAAGUAUCAGCUCUGAAAUAGUUUACUUGCAACGCAAGUCUGUUGCUAUGAGCCAGCAGUUGUCUAAUAGACAAAUAAUACGGGGUCCGCUUAGUCAAUUCAUUGAGGAUAUGACGGUGUCUGAAGCCUUGAUUGCUGGUAUUAUGGAUUGUCCAGUGACAGAGAAGGAAUUUUUGAUUCAGCUGCAGAUUCUUAAUCAUAAAAUUAACUUUGUGAAGGAACAAAGUUUCAAGGAAGCAAAAUCUUGUUUAGAUGUGAAGGAUAUACUAGAGAAGUUGAAGGUGAAAGCAAUGGCAAAGAUUAGGACAUAUUUGCUAGAACAAAUUUAUAAGUUCAGGAAACCGAUGACAAAUUAUCAAGUUCCACAAAACAAUAUGCUGAAAUAUAAAUUCUUCUUUGAGUUUAUCUUGGCAAAUGAGAGAAAUGUGGCCGAGGAAAUCUGUGGAGAAUAUAUUGACACUAUGAGCAAGAUAUAUUAUUCUUAUUUCAAGUCUUAUUCAUCAAGGUUGAUGAAACUACAGUUUGAAGAGAAAGCAUCGAAGGAUGAUUUAAUGGGAGUUGAAGAUACAGCGGGCAAAGGUAUAUUUCACAAAACAACGUUAAAACACAAAGGCACUGUCUUUUCUAUAGAUACAAGAGGUCAAGUUUUGUCUUCCCAAUUGGAAGAACCCAUCCUUAUUCCACACACUGCCUCUAAAACACGAUACCAUUAUGAAGCUCUCUUCAGAAGUGAACAAUAUGCUAUAGCUGAUAAUGGCUGCAGAGAAUAUCUGUUUUUAAUUGAAUUUUUUAAAGUCCGUAAUGCACAGGCAUUAGAUAUUUUUAAUCAGGUUAUGGGAAAAACGUUAAAUUUCAUGAUAAAGAAUUUGCAAUCAUUUGUUGAGGAUUGUUAUGAUACAAUUGCUCUGUUUCUCUGCUUACAUUUAGUGAUGCGUUAUCAGUUAAUAUGUCACAAAAGAGCUGUACCAGCAUUGGAUAAAUACUGGGAGACUUUAACAGCCACAAUUUGGCCUAGAUUUGAACUGGUGUUUCAAUUAAACAUAAAUAGUGUAAAAGACUGUGAUCCAUCAAAGUUCAGCAAAGAGACUGGUCCGCAUUACAUUACCAGAAGAUAUGCGGAGUUUAGUGCAGCUAUUGUAAGUGUAGUCGAAGGAUUUCCCUGCGAGGGAACCACUCAGUUAUUAGCAGAACUGAGAGAAACUGUACAAUGCUUCUUGUUAAGAAUGGCAUCCAUCUUCCCGAAUCGUACGCAGCAAUUAGUAUUUCUUAUCAAUAAUUAUGAUCUGGUACUCAGGGUAUUAAUGGAAAGAACGCGAGAAACCUCGAAGGAAGCGGAGAGUUUUCGAGAGCUGUUAAACGCGCGUUCUUCCGAAUUUGUCGAGGAAGUCCUGAGUCCACAUUUUGGUAGUAUAAUUCAAUUGGUGAAAGAAUCGGAAGCUCUGAUCGAUAAGGGUCAAGCUGAUGACUUGAAACGACAAGAAGGUAAAGCGCUGGCAUUGGUGCAAUCUUUUACGAACAAUUGGAAACGUGCAUUAGAAGAAAUAAAUCGUGAAGUUUUGCAAUCGUUUCCCAGUCUAGUGCUCGGCAGCACGCUAGUGCAAGGCGCAAUGACGCAGUUAGUGCAAUAUUAUCAUCGCCUUCACAAGAUUCUGCCGCCGAACGCACGCACGCAACUCACAAACAUCCAUCACAUAAUGGUAGAAGUUAAAAAGUAUAAGACAAAUUAUUAGGCAAUUCUCUGACGAAAUUAGUGACUCAAAUUCAUUGGUUGUUUGUCACAAAAGAAUUAUUUCCAGUAUUGUAUAUAGAAUUCAACUAUUUUAGUGAUUACGAACUUUAGCAAUUAUGAUUAUUUAUUAAAUAAAUUUGUAAAUUUGGUUUUAUUAUAUUAAAUAUUCAGGAAAAUCGGGUUAGAUUCUUGUAAAUAUAAUCGCAACUUAUACAUUCUGUACAUUUAUUUAUAAAAAAAAUAUGAGCUAAGCAUGGUAUUGCGUUACCAUUCUAUACAAUAGCGAUUAAUAUUCUAUACUCCUGUGCGCAUAACGCGCGAGUACACGAUGUGUCUGAUGUUGCUUAUCUUAUAUAAAUUAAUAUGUAUACACAUGU